CAGCAGCAUGAGGAGGCGGUAUAGGGGCCCAUGGCAGAUUAGGGGCCUGGCAGCAGCUAUGGGAGGCCCGUAAUCUGCCAGCACCCUAUGACAAAAAAUGGAACACACCAGCAGUGUGAGGAGACCUGAAAGUGGCACAUGGCAGAGUGUGGCGAUGGAGACAGCAGCAAUGGGAGGCCCCCGUAAUCUGCCAGCACCCUAUGUCAAAAAAUGGAACACACCAGCAGUGUGUGAGGAGACCUGAAAGUGGCACAUGGCAGAGUGUGGCGAUGGAGACAGCAGCAAUGGGGAGGCCGUACAGGGACCCAUGAGAGAACUCUGGACCUGGCAGCAGCAUGA